AACAGAAUGCCCUCUGCAAAUGGUACUGCUUCACAUCCCUCCAUCUUCCUUCUCCUGGGUGUCCCAGGUCUGGAAGCUCUCCACAUCUGGAUUGCCUUCCCAUUCUUUGUUGUUUAUCUCAUAGCGCUGGUGGGUAAUGUCACAAUCCUGUUUGUGAUCAAGAAUGAGCAGAGUCUUCAUCAGCCCAUGUUCUACUUUCUAGCUCUUCUGUCCUUCAUUGAUUUAGGACUCUCCACUUCGACCAUCCCCAAGAUGUUGGCCAUCUUUUGGUUCAAUCUUAGAGAAAUAAGCUUUGAAGGCUGUCUUCUCCAAAUGUUCUUCAUCCACACCUACACUGGUAUGGAAUCUGUUGUGCUCCUGGCCAUGGCAAUUGACCGUUUUGUUGCCAUUUGCUACCCACUGAGAUAUACAACCAUCCUCACCAACAAAGUGGUGGCCAUCAUGGCCUCUGUUGUAGUGGGGAGGCCUGUUCUGCUUGUCAUCCCCUUCUGCCCUCUUCUCAAGAGAUUGCCCUUUUGUGGACAUUAUGUUAUCCCUCAUACCUACUGUGAACACAUGGGGAUUGCUCGCCUUGCCUGUGCUAGCAUAAGAGUCAAUAUGAUUUAUGGCUUAUUUACCAUUGCUGCCCUGAUCUUUGACUUGAUCCUUAUUGCCCUCUCUUAUGUCCAAAUUCUCCAUGCUGUUUUCCGCCUUCCUUCCAGGGAUGCCAGGCUCAAAGCACUUAGCACAUGUGGUUCACAUGUCUGUGUCAUUCUGGCCUUUUAUACACCAGCAUUUUUCUCCUUCAUGACUCACCGGUUUGGUAAAAAUGUCCCUCGCUACAUUCACAUCCUUUUGGCCAAUCUGUAUGUGGUUGUACCUCCUUGCUUAAAUCCGGUUAUCUAUGGAGUUAGGACAAAGCAAAUUCGAGACCGAGUUGUGAGAAUAUUUGUAAAGAAAGAGUGA